AUGAGAAAACUUUCGUUGAAAAUAUUAAGUUCAAAAAUAUCACGUUUAAACAAUGUACAUGUACAAAAAGUUUUUUUUUGUAAUAAAAAAUAUGAACCGUUCAUAAAUAAUUCAAACGAAUUUAACAUUCCAUAUAAUAAUUUGGAUGAUGUCGAAUUUGAAGAUCAACUAUCAUCAGCUAUAACAUUUGAUAUAAAUAUUGAUAGUGAUAAAAAAUGGAAAAAACAAGAAGAAAUAGAAUAUAAUAACUUUUUGAAAAAUAUUCAAAAUCAAAAAUUUUGUAAUCAUAAUUUUGUUCAAGAAGGAAAUUUAGAGGAACCUCAAAAUUGUGAAAUAAAUGAGGCCAUAAAUGAGGGCAUAAAUGAGGUUGACCUAACAAAUUGUGAAAUAACGGAAACUAUCAAAAAUAUUAAAAACAUACUUGAUACAUACGAAAUGGGUGGUGAAGAAAAAGAUGAAAUCACAAUAAUAGAAACAAUAUUCAAUAAUCUAAAAACAAAAAAUAAUAAACAUAUAUUAAAUUUAAUGGGAGACAAUUAUAUAAAUAUAUUUGUUUCUAUUCUCUAUAAAAAUUUCGAAAAUAUAUCUUAUAAUAAUUUUGUUAUUUUUAUAAACAUAAUUUAUGAAUUAAGACAGAAACAAAUAAUUCGUGAUUUUUCCUACGAAUAUAUAAAGUUUUUAAAUAAAGAAAAUAACCUAAUUUUUCAAAACAACAGUGUUAAAAAUAGUAACGAUAUUAAAUAUUUAAAAUUAAGUGAAAAUGAAAAAAUAAAUUUAUGUAUUAACAUUUUAGAAAUUUUAAAUAACUGUUCUUUAUAUUUUUCAGAUUAUUAUGAAUAUUUACUUUCCAAACUUGAUAAAAUGAAUAAAGAUCAAAUUGUUUUAUUUUCUAAAGAAUGUUAUAAACAUAGUUUAAGAACAAAACAUUAUUUAGAUCAAGUUUGUAAUAUAUGUGUAGAAAAAAUAAAAAUUUUUGAUAUUAAAAAUAUACAAUCCUUAUAUUAUUCUUUUCAUCGUUUUCCAAAAGAUUAUUCAAAAUUUUAUGAUAUUUCAUUAAAUUUGAUUUUAGAAAAUAUAACACAUUUUGACAUUUAUUUUGAUCAUAUUCUUCUCAAAAUAGCUAAUAAUUUUAAAAAUGAUAAAAAAUAUGCCAAUUUAAUUGCAUCUAUAGCAAACAAAAUAAAUGUCUACAUAACUCAGAUACGAAAAAAUAUUAAUUAUCAACCAAAUAAUGGGAGUGUUGAAAAUGGGCCUAAGUUGGUAGCUACCGACCAAAGUAAAAUGAAUGCCCAAUGUCCCCAAAUUGUUAGCAAGGCGGAAAAAAAUCUCGACCCCAAAAAAAAUCUCGACUCAAAAAAAAGUGUCGACUCACAAAAAAAUCUCGACCCAGAAAAGGGUGUCGACUCAGAGAAAAGUGUCAACUCAGAACCGAGUAGUGAAACGUGCAAAGAACUAAUUUGCCACGAUUCUAAACAAGUGGACAAUAGCGAAACAGAUGUUUGUAACACCAUUGUUGAAACAAUAAAAUGUUUGAAGUAUCUUGAAUAUCGAAAAAAUAAUGAUAAUGAAGUAAAAAAUGCAGUAAACACAAUUUACGAAUUUAUAAAUGAUCAUCCAGAAUAUCUAAAAUUGUUAUCUGUAGAUGAUGUUGUAUAUAUAUUGGUAUGUUUUACUUCAUAUAAUAAAAGAGUUGUAAUAUAUAAUAACUUAUUAGACAUAUUGUGUGAAAGAAGUAAUGAAUUUUUACAUGCAAAAAAUAUAUCUUUAUGGAUAUAUCCAGUUUUAUAUUUAUCAAAAAUAUCAUGGUUUCAUGGAAAUUAUUUUAAUUUUUUAUUUAAUUGUAUUAAAGAUAAUUAUGUGUUAAGCAGAUUAAAUGUUUUUCAAUUACUAAAAUUAUUAUCAUCUAUUGUUAAAAUGAAUAUAUAUGAUGAAGAAAUUUAUAAUAUAUUAAUAAAAAAGCUAUUUACCGAAUGGGAUACUAUCAAAAAAAAACUUGUAGAUAUAUCUACAUUUUUAUGGUCAUGUGCAUAUGUUAAUAUUAUUUAUAAACCUUUAUUUGAUAGCGCAUAUAUAUCUAUUAUUAAUUUAAUUGAUAAUAAAUCUUUGGUUUUAGAUAAUGUUAUAUAUAAAAAUUGUUUUGUUAAUAUAACAUGGGCUUUUAUUGUUGGUAAUUAUCAUAAAAACGAAAAAAAUUUUGAUAAAAUAUUAAAUAUUACAUUCUUGAAUCGAAACCCUAACGACUCACAAGCAUUUAAGCGAUUGCACCAAAUAGCAGAUGCCUGUUUUAAGGAAAUACCAAAUUAUUUAAUAAAUUUAAGAUCUUUAGAUAUUUUAUAUCAAUAUUGUAUGCAUGAAAAAUGUAAAACAUUAAGAAAUGAUUUUAAUAUAUAUAAAAAAGAAAAAGAUGCCAUGAAAAUUAAAAAUAAAAUUAUUGAUGAAAUUGCACACAUUUUAAAAAAAAUACCAACUUCAUAUCAAUUACAUUAUGAACCAUAUAAUAAUUCACCAUAUAUUAUUGACAUACUUUUAAAUCAAAAUCAAAAAAUUGGUAUUUGUGUUUAUGGAAAAGAACAUUUAAUGAGAACUUUAGCCAAUUCUCAUUGGGAUUAUAUGAAUACUGGAUUUACUUCUUUGCAAAUGAGAAUUUUAGCUAGCCAUGGUUGGAAGAUUAUACCAAUUAAUGGUGGGGAGUGGUUAAAAUUAAAUACAGAACAAAAAAAGACAUAUUUACAGGAAUACUUUAAAAAAUACUCUAUACAAAUUUAA